GAUAAUGUUCGACAAUUUACUAUAGAGUACAUCGUUCAUAUUAGCUUUUGGUUUACUCAGUACUUUGUAGGCUGACUGCAACGAGCACUCGUCCUCAAUCACUGGACAGAGAUAUAAAUACGUGCCACUUAGUAUGAAGAUAGAACCAAUGUUUUGUUUGAUAAUAUCUGUUUCUUUUAAUAUUAUUAUUACUUAACUUGAAGUGUGGUACACACAGGUCAGCAUCUCUCAUUUAUGCACAGUUAGAAGCAUCUCGUCACGGUUUGCUGACAUGGUCCUCCAGGUCCUUUGCCUGCUAACGCCCAAUCUCGUCUGUUCCGGUUAGGCCCUUACUAGGGCAGUGUCCCUUUGUAGACGUCUAUCGGACGGGUAGCCUUAGACGGUCGAUGAAGUUUGGCUUGUCGGCAUUUCGGCGCCGCUCUUUCUGAUUAGGCCGAAGGGCGCGACCUCUGGUCACGACGGCAGUCGAAGACGCGAUUUGAUUUCGCCUUAUGAAGUCUCAAAGGCCCAGACCUAGUUCUUCGGCUCGGGAGAGAAUCGGGGUAGUUACGAACACACGCACACUCUUAGACAGAUAAAUAUACACACGGAGAUUUUGGCAUUCACAACUCAUGUUAUUGCUGUUGGUGUUGUUGAAAAGCGCUCGGCAGGGCCAGCACAUUGAGGCUUCAAAGAGUCCAACAUGAACUACUACUACUGACAACCGUCCAUAUUCGUUUGCGAGCGUUUAAUGGACGUAAGAGAUCAGUGAUAGUGGCGGCAUCCGCCAGCUAUGAAACUUGGAUAGGAGACCAAUCAUGGCUCGCUGACAUACUAACUGUAAAGAGUGGACGUGAACGUUCAGUUCUAGCCUAUUGCGAUGUAUCUUUGCAUAGAAUUGGCUUGUUGUCUAAAUCACUUAUCAUUAGAACCAGAUUUUCUAGGUUAUAUACCUCUUUGACGUUGACUAGUUAUACCGAGUGGCCUAAGCCCAUAGAGAUCCACUGAAGGUUCGAAGAAUGUCGGCAGCUGCGGGCGAUUUGGUGCGACGGUUGUGAGGACCGCUCGCAUUUAACUAUACGAAAAUGAAUGAAGCUGAAAGCACGCACAUACUUCCGAACGCCUAAGCCAUUUGUACUUAAUCAGCGAUUUUUUGAGGAAGUACUUUGUCAGCCCUUUGACUAAGUCAGUUCCAACCAUGUAUGAAAGUAGUCUUAGUGAUUUGUUCUAUGGCUCCCUGGAGAACAAGAUGUAUCUCAAAGAUUCGAUGUGCUUAAUACUAUUAUAGUUAAUAUUAUGCAAUGCAACGACGCUAUCUUAGGGUGCGUAUCUCAUUUUGGCACUGCUUGAGCCACUCGUUUACCUUUCCUUAGUGUUGACUAGGAUCGUCACGUUCAGGUGCGUUAUCAAUAUUAGUGAAAGAUUUAAAUCUAUCAGACCGCAAUUUAAAAGAACCUAUCGAUGGGAUCUCCGUCUAAUGUUUAGUUCAAGUGUGUUGACCUUCAGAGUGAGUAUCUCCUAGCAAGAAACCAGCAAUUAGUCAAAGUUCCUAAAUUGUAUUUAUGUGUUUUUGAACAGAUUGGCUAGCCGCAAUUGCGCUCACGUUACCUUCUGGAGAGAAUGUUAACACGUCAUUCGGAAUACUGUUUUAUUAGGUGCGCUUCCCGAUUUUUUCGUUUCCAUAUUGACCUCUGCCUUAACCGUGUAAUGGGUCGAGGAUCCGUUGGGUCGGUAAACCAGCGACCACAACAAUCAAUGCGUUGAAGAGCCCAAGGCACCUCAAGCGUUCUCUGAAGAGUCGCACAAAACCCACCAGACGAAAUUUCUAUACAUCUUUUAAAGAGUACAUCACGGUAUCCGAUCACCCACAACCGUCCGCGAGAAACUUACGUCGUCCAAUCCACAAAGCACCAUAAAGCACCGCCUACUCGCUGUUAAUCUUGAGAAAGUUUUGCGGAAGACAUACUUUGAAGGGGAUGCAGCAAGUAGGUCGGUAGCUAAACUAAAUUUCUAACCCGGCAUCUGACAUCUCCGUGAUCCAGGGGUUAACCUCUCGUUAUUCGCUAGUUUCAUUUGAGCUUGUGCAUUGAAUGAAGCUAAUCGAAGAUGAUCAGUCGGUAUGACUUAUCAACUGCGUGUAAGUGCUAUACGUCUUUUCAGUUGCCUUGUCCAAGUUACUGUUUCAUUGUUGAACAACGGUAACGACCGGUCGACCUCACGAGGCUCCGCCCCUGCACGAGAGCGGUGAGGGGAAGGCGGUACAGGAGGUGACGAUCGACAUCGCCGUGUGCGCGCGGGCAGCGAUCCACGUUUAAUGGAGAAGAAGAACCAUGAGAUACCGUAGGCUCAUAGAUGGUGAUAAUGCGCAGGACUUCAGUUAAGCGGAGAACCUUGUCAGAUGCGGAUGCAUGCAUCCCACCCAUGCGGAUUAUUCCGUGAUACACGCAGUGUCUGAAGUGCGACCAGUAGCAUUGUGUACCUGCAUAUGUGCCCUCUUCAGCGGAACACCCACGUUCCCCAUUGGACUUGGACUGAAAGAUAUCAAGCACGUUGAAAAAUGUUUGCCCGCGGAUGGCUACGGUGGAGUACGGCGCUGAUAACGCUUGCCACUUGGAUGGCCUGUGGAGUGGCAGAAUGCAAUUGUAGAAAGACCGGCCGUGGUGUGGAGUCCAGCAUCCCAACUAGCGUUCGUAAUCAAUUCCAGCGGCAGGACACCGAUACUGCAACUUAUACAUUUGGCUCUGAUGCGGGGCCAGAAGACCCAAGCGGGCAUUUUCGACAAGAGGAACGUCUGGAGGACGGGUCAGUUCGUGGCCGUUAUGGCUAUACAGAUCCAAAUGGACUAAUAAAAAUUGUCGAUUACUUCGCUGAUGAGAGCGGCUUCCACAUCCUUCAUGUCAAAACGCAGGCCGCAAAAAGGAAAAACCAACGAAAAGAACCCGAGCACUCCGAACCGUUCGGGCCUUUUCUAGGUGUCCUGCCACCAUUUCUGCCUAAAUAUAAAAGUGGUGUUACAAACAACGAUCUGGGUGACUUUCCUGUCAAUGAGAUCUAAAUCAAGACCUGUUACUCUACGUCAAGCACAAUUACUAUGCCACUUGAGCAUCGUCGGUCCGCCUUUUCUCGAAACCAGCUGUCAAAAAGCUAUAUCACGAUUGUACGCGAACGUGGCUACACAAAUAGCCAAGCAAGACCAUCAGAUGCUCUAAUAAUCAGCGACUUUACACACUAACAUAGUAUGCUGGCAUUCAUCUUGGACAAAACGUGCUUGUCAAGGGAAAGUACCUAAAACAUACGUAACUUAGUCGGAUGCCUCAUUAGGCUCUCAUGUGAUAUUGUAUAUGGACAAAGAAGGCGAAAGAAAGAUCUGUUAACCUUCCCACCCGACGCGAGUGGCAACAUAUAUGAUGCUUCUGCCGGGAUUUGUUUGUAUAAUACAUAGGUAGAUUGUUACUUAAUGAAUUCCUUGUUGCUGAUUUACAUUAACUGCCUGAUGUCUUUCUUUUGAGCAUAGAUAAUACAAUUUUUAUAUUUAUAUAGACUGGCUCACAAACUUUUCAUUUGCUAAUCCGCUUUAUGUAGUGUUACUAACUUUCGAA